AUGGAGCAGCUGCACGACUGGUACGGUCGCCGUCAGAGUCGCGCUUCUGGAGCUCGGGGCUCUGCCGCUGGAGGUACUACUGCUGGAGACCCCAGGUCUGGGGGUGCUGGAUCUGGGGGUGCUGCUGGUGGUGGAGCUGGUCCUGGAGGAGCUGGCGCAGAGGCUUCUGGAGCUGCUGGGGGUACUGGAGCUGCUGGUACUGGUGGCGUUGCACAGCCGCGCCUGUUCUUCGCUCCACCGUCUCCGUCGUCUCAGCCACUGCCUGACUCUGUGAUUCGCCAGGUUCUUAGUCUCCCUUCGUCUACUGGUCUUCUGUUACAGCCUGGCUCACCGAUGCCUGCUCCUUCUCCUUACAUUGAGCAAACAGGGGGUCUUACUGAGCGUCGUGAGCCUGCGUCGCGUCCUCUCUCGCCUGUCAGUUCUGGUCGUUCCAAUCGUCGUGUUCCUCGUCCGAGUCAGCCGGCUGUCCCCGGCACCCACCUCGUAGUGCGUCCUCCUUCCUCUCCUCCACAGCAAGUUCCUCUGCCGUCUCCUCCUGCGUCUUCUUUGCAUGACGUUCUAGAGCUUGAGUCGGACCGCGCUCGUGCUGCUCAUCCUACUGUCACGCGUCUGCUAGCCACAGUUGUCACUGACCCGUCGUUUGAGUCUGCUUCUGCAUCUGCCUUAGUCACUGAGCUUGUUAACUUUGCUGCUGCCUGCCGUCUAGACUACGCCACUAGUCUUGUUGCUGAGUCUGAAUUUGUCUAUCCUCCGUCCGUCGAGGGUGAGUGUGCUCUUAGCACGGACGUCCUUGAGGAUAGGCAGGAGGACCUUGAGUGUCUUGCAGCCGCUGCGCCUCAUCUCGUGUCCAUGCUGCUUGCCCCUGAGGGAGACCCGGAUGCACCAGACAUCCCGACUCCGCGAUUUUGA